AAGGUUGUCCUCUUAUCUGCUACAAUGCCCACUGACGUGUUGGAAGUGACCAAAAAGUUCAUGAGGGAUCCAAUUCGUAUUCUUGUGAAAAAGGAGGAACUGACUUUGGAGGGAAUUAAGCAGUUCUAUAUUAAUGUUGAAAGAGAGGAAUGGAAAUUGGACACGCUCUGUGAUCUGUAUGAGACACUGACCAUUACACAGGCGGUCAUUUUUCUUAAUACUAGAAGAAAAGUUGACUGGCUUACAGAAAAAAUGCAUGCAAGAGAUUUUACUGUAUCUGCCCUGCAUGGUGAUAUGGACCAGAAGGAGCGAGAUGUCAUUAUGAGGGAGUUCAGGUCUGGAUCCAGUCGCGUAUUGAUCACUACUGACUUGCUGGCACGUGGUAUAGAUCUACAGCAGGUUUCCCUGGUGAUAAAUUAUGACCUACCUACCAAUCGUGAAAAUUACAUUCACAGGUCUGUA